AUGGAUAUCGGCAACACGCAGUCUCUUGUGGAUCCUGUUAAUAAGAAGUUGAAGGGACAUUUUGAACGAGAUCGGCAGAGCGACUACGACUGCGUGGAAGUCAUGCUGAUAUAUUGGGAAAAAAGUGAUAAUAAGGGAUUUAUGGAGGAAGCUGAGGAGUUGAAGAAACUCUUUCGAGACAAAUUCAAUUAUCCGGUAACACUUUUUGCGAUCCCAUCCGACAAUUCUCACUUAGCACUAGAUACAGCCCUAGGGAACUUCCUUAGAACGUUGAUCCGCCCAAGGUCUUUAGGUAUCAUUCACUAUGGUGGCCAUGGAGAUUCUGAUCUCGAGGGAAAGCGAGAAAGAAGAAGCGUUUGGGCGAGUCACGGGGAUAUCGGAGUUGCCGAUGAAAGAUUUGUGACAUGGUCCGACAUCCAACCUAAACUUCGACAUGUGGAAGCUGAUAUUCUACUUUUACUCGACUGUUGCUUUGCAGCUCAGACCGCUAGAAUCACUGAUCGAAUCAUUCCUGAGAAUGUUGAACUGUUGGCUGCGUGUGCCAUGAACUUAACUACUCCAGGGCCUGACUGGGCAUCCCAAACAUUCACGAAGGGGUUUAUCAAAGAAGUUGAACACACCUUGGGUCAUCAGAAGCCAAUUGUUAUAAAAGAAAUCCACCACCGGCUCUCAAAAGGCGACCGCAAGCUUAUACAGACUCCUAUCCAUUUCAGUAUGGCUAAGAACAAAUCAAUACGCCUGGAUCCUAUUCAAACCCAGUCAACCCAUACAAUAGUGACUCCGCAAGCCUUCUUGACACUCCAAAUGGCGCUGAGCUGCGCACCGUCAGAACGCCUUCUAAAUGAUAUCACAUCAUGGCUUAUGGUAGAUGCUCCCAGGGAUAUCUCGGGUAUUGAAGUCACCGAUCUUGUCGAACGAGCAUUGAGACUGAGAAAUUACGUCGGCCAGCAUUCACACCACGAGAACUCGGUGCUCCAAAUGGCAAACCUGCAGGAAGAAUCGCAAGUCGAAAUUUCUGGUGCUUGGGAUGGUUUCCUUUACCGCCUAGGUAGUUCACUCCAGACUAUGGUUAUUCAGUUUCUAAAGGACUUCAAUGAUAACAUAGCCACGGUACAGAAGGUCGUCGAAAGGAAUAUCCUCCUUGCGCCUCAACUAUUUGAUGAAGAAAUUUUAGAAAUGAGCAUAGGUGAUCCUGCAAUGGGAGACAUGGGCCUUGCAGAAGCUUUGGCAGUCCGUCUUACCGAGUGCGUCAAAGUCGUUCCACGGCCAACCGUCAUGGGACAGACCUUGGAGGUUUCCUCUACCGGCCUGGGUAAUGUGUUUCAGACAUUGAGUCUAGAAAACCAUUCUGAUCUCGGGAGAAUACUCGUUGAGCCAGAUGAGAGUCAUAGUCGUUACGGUAUGAUAUUCGCGAAUCCAAGGCCUCUGGGUCCCGAUCCCGUCACUCUUUACAAUAUUCUUCAGAGCCACAACACUAGGGAAAGAAGGAAGGACUACCCUCGUCCAAGUUUGGGGCAAAGAUUUGUCCUUGCCUUGACAAUUGGCCAGGCCCUCAUGCAAUGGCAUAUGGCCGGUUGGGUUCAUCAAGGCAUCGCAAGUUACAAUGCGUUGCUUUUCAGAGAUCAAAGUGGUGGUGUUGAUUACGAACUACCUUACUUGUUUGGCUUUGGUUAUACCAGAGAAUACGACUACACUUCUCUUAUACCGACUCAGCCAGGCAGGGGAACUACGGUGUAUGAUGUAUACAAGCACCCGGAUCGCCAGGGUUAUCCUCCGCUGAAGUCACACACGAGAUACCAUGACAUCUACUCCUUCGGCCUCUUACUGGUCGAGAUCGCGCUAUGGACGCCAAUUGAGGAUUCUUUCAAGAGUACAAUCAACUUAAAAGGCCCCAGUAAAAUUCGGGAAGAAGCACUGAAGAAAGUAAAAGGUGUUAUACGUCACGAGAUGGGUCUUGCCUAUGAAACCGCCACGCUGGUUUGUUUGGAAGGUGACUUCGGUAUUGAGCAGGAUGAUCCAACCGGUUCAAAGCUCACCCGACGGUUUGAGCAGCGAGUAAUUGAAAGACUUGAAGUGGGGAAAAACAUAGACAGAGUAAAUUUUCCAUUAUAUUAAUGUCUUGAGGGUUAUUUAGACCAUCCACAUAUGACUAUUGCGGUGUUACGCUAGUGUUAAUAAAUUC